UCUUCCACGAAAAGUAACACGUAGCGUACCAGGAAGUAUUCAGCGACAAAGCGAGACAUUCGACAACUGCGAGCUAAAAGAGACAAGAUGGCGGAGAAGAAGACAGCUCGUCAGACUGCGUCGGAGUUUAUUGAGAGCUGGCAGAGAGGAAAAUCUCUCUCUCAAAGUCUGGUGUACGCACGUGACCACAAGAUUAUGUGUGACGUCACAUUCAAAGUUGGUGAACAGAAGAAGUCAAUCGAGGCUCACAAACUAAUUCUGAGUUUACGUAGCCGCGUCUUUGAGGCGAUGUUGACUGGACCCAUGGCUGAGCAGGGCAGCAUUGUGAUCCCGGAAGUAGAUCCUGAUAUCUUUGAAAAGUUUGUGACAUUCCUGUACACCGAUGACGUCAUCACAGAUGGUAGCAAUGUCAUUGGCUUGUUAUAUAUAUCGAAGAAGUAUGACGUCAGCACUCUAGAAGAGAAAUGUCUUACAUAUUUAGAGACAUCGAUGACGUCAGAGAAUGCGUGUUUCAUCUUAGAACAGGCUCAUAUCUACGAGGAAGAAGAUCUCAAAGAAAAAGCUAUGAGCUGUAUUAGAAACAACGGGGACGCCUCUUUGAUGUCACGUGAUGUUGUUCACCUGUGUCGGAGCUGUUUGAGUGACGUCAUACAGUCUGACCAGCUGAUAGCGACGGAGGAAACGGUGUUUGAAUCUGUUCUGUCUUGGAGUGAGAGCGCAUGCAGAAGUCAGUUAAGGGAGGUAACUCCACGGAACAGACGUGAUGCCCUUGGAGAUGCCCUGCUGCACGUUCGUUAUCCAUUGCUGUCUCAAACGUAUUUUGUAGACAGUGUUUCACCGACAGAACUCCUGACCGAGUCUGAAGAGAUAAAGAUCAUGAAAUAUUUCGUGAGACCGGACAAAGAUGUGUCACCUUUCAACUCUAAACAGAGGAACAAGUCGACCACCACAUGCGACAGAAAACAAAGGAUUAUAACUCGAUUAGACAAGUCUUUGAAUAGUGAUUGGAAGUGCAGAGGGUUCUGCGAUGAUGGAAUCAAGUUUUGCACCAAUACAGAUGCAUCACUUGCAGGAUUCCAGUUAUACGGUGCACGCAGCAACACGUCACAAACAUAUGAUAUCAAAGCGUUCGUAACUGAAACCUCGACAGAUGAACUGGUGGAAGGAUCACAGAUAACACAAACUGUUGUAGCUGACACUGAGACGUAUGACGUGUAUUUUGCACGUGCUAUACAGCUGGUCAAAGAUGAGAAAUACAAUCUGAUUGUGAACAUCACAGGACCAAACACACACGGAGGAGAAUCUGGCAGAUCCAGAGUAGAUGACGGCGACUUCAGUUGUUCUUUCUUUGAUUACAAGACAUCAAGCCACAGCAGUAAGAGAUCUAAUGGCACCAGUGUUAACAGCGGACAGAUUCCUGGCUUACUGUUUCUAGUUUAAGACGACAUAUUGGAGAUGUAUAUUCAGGACUAUCAAACUUACUGUCUGGGGUAUCUCGACUGAUGUUGAUGCAGAACAGAUCCCGUGAUUGCUGAAUUUGAAAUUCCUAUUGCAUAAUUAUUGUUUUAAUCUUCUGUCAGUGAAGAAGUCGGAACACUGAACUGCUGAACUUCGUGUGUGCUAUUUAAUUAACAGUCAAACGGAAAUAGUAUACAAUACAUUUAUAUUGCAGAAUAUUGAAAAAAGACUGUGGCGUACAGUUAAAAACUAUCAACUGACUUUUGCUUAAAACGAAUGUGUGUGUGUGUGUGUGUGUGUGUGUUUGCGUGUGUGUGUGUUUGUGUGUGUGUAUGUGUGUGUGUGUUUGUGUGUGUGUGUAUGUCUGUGUAUGUAUGUGUUUGUGUGUGCGUGUG